AAUAUGAAAAAGAACAGUGCUGAAAUUGGAACAACAACGGACGUCACUCAGGAAUUAUUAAAACAAAUGCAUUACCCGACCUUAGAGAAAGAGGAGCAAGUCGCAACAUCCGUGAAGCCGAAAAAGUCUAGAAACAAAGAACGAAAUCGUAAUAAGAAGAUUUGCAGCGAUCUACGAAUUGCAGAACUUGGAGCCUCUACGGAGAUCGCACACAUGGCGUUGAGACAACGGUCAGCUGUUCCUAUAAUUAUCAAAUCAGAGUCCCACAUGAAAAGAAGCGAAUCCAAGAGUCUAUGCUUACUUGAACGAGACUCAGGUCCAACAAUAACUGAGUCUGAUUAUAGUUCGAAAAACAUGCAAAAUAUACCUUGGCUGGACCGCCGUUUUGGGAGCAUUUUAAAAAUCCCUUAUAUUUAUUUCAGAAAAAAUAUCUUGGAUCGAAGUUCUCUGGUGAGCAUGCUGAUGUCCAGCGAUAGAAAGUCCAGUCGUUUGUUUACGAAACUCAAAACAAUAUUUAAUGAAGAAAUCACCAGGCAUCAAAAGCGCGGUUUAAAGAAAUUGUUUUCGACGAUAAAUAGAAAAAGUAUUCCGUAUAAAUUAGGCUGGUUGUCUGCUAAGAAAGCCUCACCACGAAAAUUAAGAUAUAGAUGCAAGCACUACAAGAAAUCUCAUAGCUACCGUUGUAUGCGUGCGCAGGCGAUGCGUUUGGCUGGACCAACUGCUAGCGAAUUGCGAUCUUACCGCUCGAAGAUAAAAAAAGUACUUCCUAAAAGUGCGCUAAAUCGUGUGGUAAGCUAUAAUCGUCACUACGAAACAAUGUUGAUGAUGCAAGCUGGGAACUUAAAUCCACGUAGAACCGCUAAUAGACCCAUUAAAAUAUAAAACGGG